GGAAGGCUGUGACCCUUACCGUCCUGCCUAAGGCAUAACUGUCAUUUACAAGAGGGUCUGUGUGUCCCUAAAAUUUCCGUACUUUGAUUUCUUGAAUUUCGUCUACCUGUGUGUAAAGUUGUCUUAUUGGCCUACUUUGCAUCACAAUCAAAUAUUCUAAAUCUGUAACUGGCUUUCUCGAUUUUAGUGUAGUUUGUAUUAUUAAUAUAUGGGGUUCUUCUGGAGUCAGAGUAAAGCGUGGUGGAAACCCCCCAUGCAGACCCUCUUGGAAGGCACCCAAGUCUCAGGCAGCCCUGUGAGGGGAGAGAUGUGUAUCAGGGGAGACCACAAUUGUGACGGACGCACAGGUGAAAUGUGUCACAUUGUUGUGUGUGGACGAGACCCUUCAACAAUGGCGAAGGAAGGUAUAUACACCUGUCAGGGCGGGAAGGGGACGGACAAAGGUGUCAUUGUGUUGGUGCUCCCCUGGGGACCAGUGUCUUCUCUCGAGUUACGCAUUGUUCUGGACAAGGUGAAGAUGAACCAGCUGCAGAACCUGCUCCAUGACGCUCUGAUCUCCACCGAGCACGUCGAGCACUGCUGCAUCAUACGCAGGAAGGAUGUGUCUCUACGGGCGAGCUCUGUCGGCUUCACGCUCUACCAGGACCAGAUCCAGAUGUUUGUGGAUGCCUUUAAGAACCCUCCUCAGACCAGGGAGGACGGGCUGUACUUCGAGGACAGGCACUACAAGUGUGUCAGGGCCGACAAGAACGCCGUGUAUGCUAAAUGUGUGAAGCGAGGGCUGGUUGUGGUGAGAACAGGCAGCCUGCUGAUUGUGGGGACCUACAAUGACAACAUGUACCCCAGCGUGUGUGUGGAGGCUGUGGAAAAACUAGCGGACUAUUUUAAGGAGAAGGGGAAAUGAGGUUGGCAGAUGCAGCCAUCUUCUCACUUGGAAGCAAGAUUUAAAACCUGAGCACUGGAACGAUUAUCACUCUAACUCAUAAACUUUAUUGUAAAGCGUUGUGUAUACGGUAAUAUGAUGUACUGCACACUGAUAAAAAUGAAACAGCUGUUGUAUCUUAUGUUCUUGAAUUUUCUAUACGAUUGUGUAACCGAAUUCUCGUACAUAUAGAUUGUAUAUCAAACAAUUAUCAAUGACAAUUAUCGUAAUCCAUCUACAGUUAUUUCCAAGUACCGAGGGUUGCAUUGGGAAGUUUGGGGGUUUUCGAAAUUUUGGUGGAACUUGAAUUUGUUUGUUUGACAGUUUGUGCAAUCAUGUAAUGUGUUAAUGCCUUGUAAAUGUUGUACAGAAUAAGUUUAAU